CUCGAUAAUGGCAAUAAUAAAAUGGCAAUCCAGCAAGCGGAUAAACUGCUCAAAAAACACAAGGAUCUUCACUGUGCAAAGGUUCUGAAGGCAAUUGGCUUGCAGAGAACUGGCAAGCAAGAUGAAGCGUAUGCUCUGGCACAAGAAGUAGCAGCACUUGAACCCACAGAUGAUAAUUCCUUGCAAGCACUAACUAUUCUUUACCGGGAAAUGCAUAGACCGGAACUGGUAACUAAACUUUAUGAGGCAGCUGUAAAGAAGGUCCCCAACAGUGAAGAGUAUCACUCUCAUCUCUUCAUGGCCUAUGCCAGGGUUGGAGAAUACAAGAAGAUGCAACAGGCUGGAAUGGCACUUUAUAAGAUUGUACCCAAAAAUCCUUACUAUUUUUGGUCUGUGAUGAGCCUGAUUAUGCAGUCUAUUUCAGCACAGGAUGAAAACCUCUCAAAAACAAUGUUUUUGCCACUAGCUGAGAGAAUGGUGGAAAAAAUGGUGAAAGAAGAUAAGAUUGAAGCUGAGGCUGAAGUCGAACUGUACUACAUGAUUCUGGAACGUUUGGAGAAGUAUAAGGAAGCCUUAGAUGUUGUGAGAGGAAAACUAGGAGAGAAGCUGACAAGUGAGCUCCAAAGCCGCGAGAACAAGUGUAUGGCAAUGUACAAGAAGCUGCGUAGGUGGCCAGAGUGCAAUGCGCUGUCGAGAAGGCUGCUGCUGAAAAACUCAGAUGAUUGGCAGUUUUAUAUAACGUACUUCGAUUCAGUGUUUCAGCUCAUUGAUGAAUCCUGGACACCUCCACCAGAAGAAGAGCACUCUUUGGAAGGAGAGGUACACUAUUCUAUAGAGCAAGCUGUGAAAUUUAUAGAAGAGAGGAUAACAGAAGAAUCUAAGAGCUCUCGGCCACUUCGCGGACCAUAUUUAGCUAAACUGGAGCUGAUUAGACGUUUGCGAUACAGAGGUUGUAAUGAUGAAUAUAAACUAGGUGAUCCAGAAGAAUUAAUGUUCCAGUACUUCAAAAAAUUUGGGGACAAACCCUGCUGUUUUACUGAUCUCAAGGUAUUUGUGGAUCUCCUCCCGUCCAGCCAAUACACAAAGUUCAUCAGUCAAUUGCUGGAAGUAAUCCCUCUGUCGGAAACAGCAGGGAGUGAAAUCGCACUGCCAGCCGAUAUCAAAGCCCUCCAACAACACUUGUGUGUGGUGCAGCUCUCUAGAUUGCUUGGUAUCUAUCACGCCAUGGAUAAGAAGCAGAAGCUGACUGUGGUCCGGGAGUUGAUGUUAAGAUACCGCCAUGGAUUGGAGUUUGGGAAAUCUUGUUUGAAAACUGAAUUGCAGUUUUCAGAUUAUUACUGCUUGCUUGCAGUUCACCUGCUGCUCGAUCUGUGGCUAGAAGGUGAAGAGACAGCUGUGUGGCAGUGCCUAACUCUCCUAGAAGAAGGGUUAUCUCAUAGUCCUUCUAAUGCUCAGUUUAAAUUGCUGCUCAUUCGAAUCUACUGCAGGCUUGGUGCAUUUGAACCUGUCGCAGAGCUCUAUUCCAGCCUUGAUGCAAAACACAUACAGCAUGACACCAUCGGCUAUCUUCUGACGCGCUAUGCGGGCUCCCUGGGCCACUAUGCUGCUGCAUCCCAAUCCUGCAAUUUUGCACUCAGGUUUUUCCACUCCAACCAGAAAGAUACCUCAGAAUAUAUCAUUCAAGCCUACAAGUAUGGUGCAUUUGAGAAAAUCCCAGAAUUCAUUGCAUUUAGAAAUAGACUGAACUCUUCCCUUCACUUUGCACAAGUUCGCACAGAACGGAUGUUGUUAGACCUCUUACUUGAAGCAAAUAUAUCAACCAGUUUAGAAGAAAGUAUAAAGUCCAUGAGUCUGAGCCCAGAGGAGGAUGACAUUCCGUGGAAAGAUUUGCGUGACAACAGAGACCUGACAGUCUUGUUUAACUGGGAUCCAAAAGACAGGGACAUUUCUGAAGAACAUAGGAAACUCUCACUGGAGGAAGAAACCAUGUGGUUGCGAAUCCGGUCUUUAACUUUAAGGCUAGUAAGCGGACUCCCAACUCUUAGUCACACUAUUCAACCAAAGAACUCUGAAAAGACUGCAGAGAACGGCGUCUCGUCCAAGAUUGAUACAAUUCGAUCCCUGCUUCAGCAGCUGGAAGCGGCAGUGGAUUCAGGGAAGAAGUUUCUAGAACAAAAAAUUCAGUAUCCUGUCCUUGGCCCUCCUCCUACCCGAAUGGCUGGCUUCUUCAGUAAUGGCAGCUGUCAAUGCCAGACUAGCUUGUUUUAUCUUGUUAGUGAUAUUUAUGAACUAGAUACCAAUGGCUUAGAAGAUUCAUCAGAAAUCCAGGAGAGGAUAGGGAAUAGUUUCAAGUCUUUAGUAGAACGACUAACAGACUUGUUCAAUAAAUGUAAAGGUGAUUUGAUUGAAGUCAGAGAUGGCACCUUGAAAACUCAUCCAAACCUGUUAGAAAACCUAGUCUUCUUUGUUGAGACGAUCUCCAUUGCCCUGUGGGUAUCAAGUUACUGCGACAGUGUCCUCCGACCUUUUAAAUCCAACCUGCAGAAAAAGAAGAAGAAAAAAAAAGAAAGCAGUGUAGCUAUGCCGCCUGUAUUUACACAUUUUCUGGAUUAUGUUACUGAACUACAGACAUUAACUUCCAAUGUAAUAGAUCACAUUAAAGGGCUUGAAAUAAUUCUGACUGCACUAAAACUUGAAGAGCUGUCCCUCAAGGACACUCUGCUUUUACAGGAAGAAAAAAAGUUUACAAAGACUGUGCAAGGGAAGGUCCAGAGCAGUUACCAUCACUCAGUUCAGGAAAUUGGAGAACUGCUGAAAAAGAGACUUGAUACCAUUAAAAAACUAAAGAUUUGAGAAAUGCAUCCUUGACAGACUCCACAGGGGAGUGACACCAGAGUUCCAGACAGAAGCAACAUCCCGUAUACCAUCACUUUAAUCCAGAACUUCUUCAUAAUGCAUGAAGGACUUAAAGUCAUAAAACAAUUUUUUUUAGGUAUUACAGAUGUACUGAGCUGAUUUAAAUUAUUGUACAUAAUGAGAAGCAGGGACCCUUAUUGGGGUUUGACCACUUUUUAUACAUGUUCAUAAGCAUAUUGCAACAGGAGAAAAUUAACUUUCUUCCCUUUUGAUCUCUAGAAACAACUGGAGAUGGUCUUUAGAAGCAGCAAUAGAAAUCCAGUGUAAAGCAUAUAUCUCAAAGGAGUUGUAUUUUCAUCACCAUACAGUGUUUAUAAUUUUUGUAUGGUCCUUGCCUUAGAAAUGCAGUAAUUGUAGAUGCCCGCGUUCAGCUGCCUCCCAUGAAGUGAGCCCAUUUUGGAGCUGCCUAUUUUGUCCGCAAGCCACCUGGUCCUACUGAAAUAAUUCAGUGUGUUGGUCCAGCAGAGCGAGGUGAGGCUGUGCUGGAGGAACACCCUCUGCAGCCAGGUUUCCAGCAGAGCCCAGCCCUCUGUCACAGGUGGUGAGGCAGGUUCCUCUAAAGAGAGAACUGCUGGAGGGA